AUGUCGGGCAAGCAAGGAGAAGAAAAGAAAGAAGAAAAGAAAGUUACAGAAAUGGGUUUUACGCCAACUCCACGACCCGGUGGUUUCUUGAAAAUCAAAUUAGAUGUAAAAGAGAAGAAGAAUAAAGUACUCCAAUUCGAUCAAUACCAAAAUAUCAUAAGCAGAGUAGAGGAUAUGGAAAAGAAUAAAUUUAAAACUGAAAAGUCCGUCGUUAAAAAUCCAGUGGCACCAACAAUAACACCGAUAAGAAGUUUAAAUUUGCCAAAAAUUUCUCAGGAAUCGCUAUUUGACAAAUGUCUAAUUGAGAAUGAAGAUGGACAAGCGCAAAAUGAUUACGAAAAAUGGUUGGACGAAACUGCCCCAGCUAAUGACACCAAUCUCAUGGAUAAUCUUGAAGAAGCGAUCAAUUUUAUUGUACUAUUGGCAUCAAAACCAGAGGCAGACUCCAGCGAUUUCGAUGAAAUGCAAGCUAUUUCAGUAGUACAAUUUUUACGCACUAUUAAAUCACCUAAUGGUCAAUAUGAGCCUAACAAUCUACGAUUGAUGGAGUAUAUCGACAAAAAAGGAGAAGAAUUUCACAAAAAAUAA